AUGCGCAGCCCGCGAGCUGAACGCGUACGAUCUAGAAUAAGAAUUAAUUGGACGUGGACCCAGGCUUCCAAGAUGUCUGAAUCGCCUGGUUAUACAGUGGCGCCGGUUCUAGCAGAAGACCAUGAAGAAGUUAUGAAACUGCUUAAAAGGACUUUCUUCGUGGACGAACCGCUUAACCGAACCCUCGGCAUCUACCGAUCCGAGAGCGAGUCCUGCCCCGAGUUAGAGGAGUUCUGCUCCUCCUCUCUGCACGAAGGGCUAUCCCUCAAGGCGGUCGAUGGCGACGGGAGAAUUAUCGCAGUGCUAAUAAACGAAACUUGCCCAAUACGGAGAGCCGAAACAAGUGCCGACCCGAAAUUCCAGAAGAUUUUAUAUAUACUGGCGCGACGCGAAGAAGGUACCCGUUUGUGGGAGAAAUUCCCCAAGGAAAAUAAGCUGGUGGAGGUGAAAGUGGCCGCCACAGACGCGCGAUGGAGGCAUCGGGGUAUCAUGAACGCUCUGGUUAUGGAAACGGAGAAGCUGUUGAAGGGACAAGGCGUAAGACUAAUGCGCCUGGACACAUCGAGCGCCUAUUCUGCUAAAUCCGCUGAGAGAAUGGGCUUCGAGUGCUUCUACAGAGUCCGUUACAAGGACAUCCAGAUGGACGGUCAGCCUUUAGUAGUGCCCGAACUUCCGCAUGAGUACGACUGCGUUUUUGUGAAGAAAUUAUAU